CCCGCCCCACGGCCCUAGGGUUCCUGCUCUGCGGAGUAAUGGCUGCCUCCAAGACCCGGGGGGCUGCUACCCGAGGGGAGGAGGACGGUGAUGACGGUCUUGAGGGUACCGGAGGUGUCAGUUAUGACGACAGUAGGGAUUGUAUCCUGGAGCCGCUUUCCCUGCCAGAAAGUCCAGGUGGCACCACCACUUUAGAAGGUUCUCCAUCUGUGCCUUGUAUUUUUUGUGAAGAACAUUUUCCUAUGACUGAACAGGACACACUUCUGAAGCACAUGAUUAUUGAACAUAAGAUUGUUAUAGCUGAUGUCAAGUUGGUUGCUGAUUUCCAAAGGUACAUUUUAUAUUGGAGGAAAAGGUUCACUGAACAGCCCAUUACCGAUUUUUGUAGUGUGAUAAGAAUUAAUUCCACAGCUCCUGUUGAAGAGCAAGACAAUUAUUUUUUGUUAUGUGAUGUUUUACCGGAAGAUAGAGUACUUAGAGAAGAGCUUCAGAAACAGAGACUGAAAGAAAUUCUGGAACAACAGCAAAAAGAAAGAGAUGAUAACAAUUUUCAUGGCAUCUGUAUGUUUUGCAAUGAGGAAUUCCUCGGAAACAGGUCAGUUCUUUUGAACCAUAUGGCCAGAGACCAUGCUUUCAACAUUGGGUUGCCAGACAACAUUGUAAACUGCAAUGAAUUUCUAUGUACAUUACAGAAAAGACUUGACAACUUGCAGUGCUUAUACUGUGAGAAGACCUUUCGGGACAAAAAUACACUUAAGGAUCACAUGAGAAAAAAACAGCAUCGUCGGAUCAACCCUAAGAACAGAGACUAUGACCGAUUUUAUGUCAUCAAUUACUUGGAACUUGGAAAAUCCUGGGAAGAAAUUCAAUUGGAAGAUGAUCGGGAGUUGCUCGAUCAGCAGGAAGAUGACUGGUCUGAUUGGGAAGAACACCCUGUCUCUGCUGUCUGCCUUUUUUGUGAAAAGCAAGAAGAAACAAUGGAGAAAUUAUGUGUGCACAUGGAGGAUGCACACGAAUUUGAUCUCCUCAAAAUAAAGUCAGAACUUGAAUUAAAUUUCUAUCAGCAAGUAAAGCUGGUCAAUUUCAUUCGAAGGCAGAUUCACCAAUGUAGAUGUUAUGGCUGCCAUGUGAAGUUCAAAUCCAAAAGAGACUUAAGGAUUCACAUGGAAGAAGCCAAACAUACAUCGCUGCUUCCUGAAAGACAAACUUGGGAUCAGCCACAGUAUUAUUUUCCAACCUAUGAAAAUGACACUCUCCUGUGUACCCUGUCUGAUAGUGAAAGUGAUCUGACAGCACAGGAACAAAAUGGAAAUAUUGCCAUCAUCAGUGAAGACACAUCUAAACUGUGUGCUUUGAAACAAAGCAGUAUUUUGAAUCGGUUGCUUCUACAUGAGCGCUUAAAAAACUAGAAGGAACUGACACAGAACCAACUUUCCUCGCUUUUCUCCUCUAAGGCAGACAUGAAGUAUAGUUUAAAUCUGAACAUCAGCAAAGUCCUUGGUGCAGUGAACUUUUUCAAAAAAUGAAUGUUAUUUUCAAAAAAUUAAGUAGAAAAAUAAAAUGUGACUUUUUGUAUUUUGACUCUAAAGUUUUAUUAUGAAAUCAUUGUACUUGAGCUCUUUUCAUUAUAUUCAUAAUUAUCUGUAAUAAGGACAAUGCUCAAAUCACAAGAAAUGAAAUGUUCAAAUCAUUCAGAAACCUAAUUUUAUCCAGUGGUUUCAGUCUCUUCCUACAUACUUUUCCAUCUAACAAAUCACAGAAUUUGACCUAUGAGUGCCUUCUCUAGUACAUGGUAAGCUAUGUAUGUAAUGACCAAAAGUGGAACCACGGAAGAGAGGAAAAAUUAUUUGAGACCUAUAUAAUGCACAGAUUCAACCCCAUUUCAGAGUAAUCAAGAUUGACUGUAUUCUCACGACUGCCUGGAAUUAGCAAACUCCCUGGAAAUAGACAUCAGGCCAUAUAACUUUAUUUCUUCUACAAUGUAUUUAUCACUAAUACAUAAGCAUCCUUUUUAAAAAACAUAACCUCAAUACCAUUAUGACACCUAACAAAAUUAACAAUAACUUCUUAAUAUCCUAUGUUUUCAUUCUUCCUUAGUUGUCCCCAAAAAUGUCUUUUUUGUAAUUUUUAUUGGCUGUAAGACAAGUAUUGUAUGCCUCCUGAUAAGACAUAAUAAGGAGGACAAAAUAAUCACUUUUAGUAAUGUAUACAACUUGUAUAAUGUGAAUAUAAUGAAGAAAUAUCAUUCAUACCCAAACUGAG